GAGCUGGAGGGGGUGGGUGGGUCGGUGUGGGGGCCGUUGGCUCCAGACAAAUAAACAUGGAGUCCAUCUUCCACGAGAAACAAGAAGGCUCACUUUGUGCUCAGCAUUGCCUGAAUAAUUUAUUGCAAGGAGAAUAUUUUAGCCCUGUGGAAUUAUCCUCAAUUGCACAUCAGCUGGAUGAGGAGGAGAGGAUGAGAAUGGCAGAAGGAGGAGUUACUAGUGAAGAUUAUCGCACGUUUUUACAGCAGCCUUCUGGAAAUAUGGAUGACAGUGGUUUUUUUUCUAUUCAGGUUAUAAGCAAUGCCUUGAAAGUUUGGGGUUUAGAACUAAUCCUGUUCAACAGUCCAGAGUAUCAGAGGCUCAGGAUCGAUCCUAUAAAUGAAAGAUCAUUUAUAUGCAAUUAUAAAGAACACUGGUUUACAGUUAGAAAAUUAGGAAAACAGUGGUUUAACUUGAAUUCUCUCUUGACGGGUCCAGAAUUAAUAUCAGAUACAUAUCUUGCACUUUUCUUGGCUCAAUUACAACAGGAAGGUUAUUCUAUAUUUGUUGUUAAGGGUGACCUGCCAGAUUGCGAAGCUGACCAACUCCUGCAGAUGAUCAGGGUCCAACAGAUGCACCGACCAAAACUUAUUGGAGAAGAAUUAGCACAACUGAAAGAGCAAAGAGUCCAUAAAACAGACCUGGAACGAGUGUUAGAAGCAAAUGAUGGCUCAGGAAUGUUAGACGAAGAUGAGGAGGACUUGCAGAGGGCUCUGGCACUAAGUCGGCAAGAAAUUGACAUGGAAGAUGAGGAAGCAGAUCUCCGCAGGGCUAUUCAGCUAAGUAUGCAAGGUAGUUCCAGAAAUAUAUCUCAAGAUAUUCCACAGACAUCAGGUACAAAUCUUACUUCAGAAGAGCUUCGGAAGAGACGAGAAGCCUACUUUGAAAAACAGCAGCAAAAGCAGCAGCAGCAGAAGCAGCAGCAGCAGCAGGGGGAUCUAUCAGGACAGAGUUCACAUCCAUGUGAAAGGCCAACCACCAGUUCAGGAGCACUUGGGAAUGAUCUAGGUGAUGCUAUGGGUGAAGAAGACAUGCUUCAGGCAGCUGUGACCAUGUCUUUAGAAACUGUCAGAAAUGAUUUGAAAACAGAAGGAAAAAAAUAAUACCUUUAAAAAAUAAUUGAGAUAUUCAUACUUUCCAACAUUAUUCUGUGUGAUUACAGCAUAGGGUCCACUUUGGUAAUGUGUCAAAGAGAUGAGGAAAUAAGACUUUUAGUGGUUUGCAAACAAAAUGAUGGGAAAGUGGAACAAUGCGUCAGUUGUAGGACUAAAUAAUGAUCUUCCAAAUACUAGCCAAAGAGGCAUUCAGCAAUUAAAGACAUAUAAAAUAGUUUUCUAAAUGUUUCUUUUUCUUUUUUGAGUGUGCAAUAUCUAACAUGUCUAAAAUUAGGGCAUUUUUCUUGGAUCUUUUUGCAGACCAGCUAAUUAGCUCUUGCCUCAGGCUUUUUCCAUAUAGUUUUCUUUUUCUCUCUUGUAGAUAAUUUGGCUCAUAUCAUCUAAUAGUGACUUUCAUUUCUUAUUAACCAAAUUAACCUUUCGGGAAAGUAUAGUCUGUGUUGAUAAUAGUAAUGGUUCUAGAAGGAUAAACGGUCCUCCCUUGAACUGUAUGCUGUGUGCUCCAGUGUUUUCUUGUGUUAUUUUCUCUGAUCACAACUUUUCUGCGACCUGGUUUUCACUAUUUUCCCACAAUUCUUUUGAAAGAUGGUAAUCUUUUCUGAGGUCUAGCGUUUUAAGCCCUGUGAUGGGAUCAUUAUUUCAUGACUGGUGCAUUCCUAAACUCUGAAAUCAGCCCUGCACAAGUACUUAAGAAUAAAUGAGCGGUUUUUAAAAUGUG